AUUUUGGGUGCCUAGCUCCAAUUCCACCUAGUUGAAUAAUUGAUUAUCAUUGCCUGGGGUCCACCUUGAUGCCAAUUCCACCUAGUUGAAUGGUUGGUUGUCUCAAUACUCUUCUUCACCUUCUCACCAGAAACAAAUAAGCAAUUUUCAGGAAAGAAAUACUUUGCUAGCUCUGCAGUUAGUGACAUUUGUUUCUCUCUUAAAAUUUGAGAGUGAAACUGACGAAAAUCCCUCCAAAAGAGAUGGAGAUGGCCUCCACUUGCAGCAUCGAUCGUGUCUUACUUGAUCUAGAGUCGCUCCGGAACAGCUCCGGAAUAUCCCUUUAUCUUCUUUACGAUGUUCGUGAAGCAAUCAAACACAUGAAAUUUCUCCAAACAUUUCUUAUGUGUGCUAGAAAGUGGAGCCAAAGCAAUGAUUUGUACUUGCAAUCUGACAAUGUUGUGAAGAGGGUAAGUCUUCCAUCUUUCUUAUCUUGUAUCGAAGAUACCUUUCACAAAUAUGAGGAGGAUAUUCACUCUCUUUCCCGUGAUAAGAUAUAUGUAGUGUUCCGCGAAAUUAGGAAACAGAUCAUAUUAUUCAAGCAAGAAAUCAUCCAAAUUUACUUUGCUUUGGCAACUUUGGCAAGCAACAGGUCAUUUCAAUCAAAUUCUUGUAUGACAGAUGAUGAACUGUUGGAAUUCAUAGACCUCAUCCUGCAAAAUCUAGCGGAUUUGACAAAUGACGAUUUGAAUUGGAAAAUUACUAAAUCGUCCAUUUAUGCUGCUUUGAGUGCUCAAGUCCAAGAUCUUGAAGCAAAGCUGACAUUCUUGAAAAGCUCCAUUCCCUUUGCCAAAAUGCGAGGAACCGCAGAUAUUCCUGCCUUGCUAUUGGCUCACUUUGAAGUGGUGGCGUUGACCGCAGCACGCCUCUCUUACAUGUGUUCUUUUUGGGAUGAUGAUGACGAAAAUCAAAAUCCUGGGUUCUACUCCAGAAGAACUUGCAGCUUCAAACUCCUCAGCAUCAUUACAUACAGCAGUGAUGGAUGAGCGGAUAUUGAACAACUUCAACGAUUCUCUGAUAGGACGUCUCUGGGAGUUGUUAUGCUGCAGCUCUAGCUUUGUGGAUUCUAUGAAAGAUGAAAUGCAAACACUCUAUGCAGAACUGAGGUUUUUGAGAAGCAUUUUAAGGGAGCAUCAUGCGAUGAUGGAUGAACAAAAUGAAAAAAUUGGAGCUCUCCUUGGUGAGGCAGGCAUUAUAAUAUUCUCGCCCACUCUGAGCAGAGUGAUAGAAGGAGAAGUUAGCUUCUCAGGAUCCACCCAGGUUCUUGAUUUUUGUGAUCUGCUGGCCAAUAUCAAGCAUUUUAAGGAUCAGAUCAGUGGCUCAAGUACUAUACAGAGUCUUCCUAAUUCCUCUCAUAGCUUAAGAGCACCAGAAGUUAGCCAGACUUCCAGCCGCAUGCUAUCAAAAGGUAAAAUGCCAAUAGCUCGUGAAAUCAUGGUUGGUCUUGAUGAUGAGGCAGCAAAAGUAAUUGAACGACUUAUAUGGGGAUCAGAACAGGUGGAAAUUGUUCCCAUUGUGGGAAUGGCUGGGCUUGGUAAGACGACUUUAGCCAAAAAAGUUUACAAUAAUAUUUCAGUAACCUGUCACUUCCACAUUCGUCUUUGGUGCACUGUUUCUCAAGAAUUUAACAUGAAAAGCUUGUUAAUACAAAUUUUGUGCUCUAAUGAAAAACAGUCGAGGAUGGAUGAAGAGCUUAAAAAAUUGAAUGAACAUGCGUUGCUUGAAAAGCUCCGUCAAAGGCUAUUGAAGAAUCGGUAUCUUCUUGUUUUUGAUGAUGUCUGGGACAUUGAGGUAUGGAAUGAGCUGAGAACUGCAUUCCCCAAUGACAAGAAUGGAAGUAGAAUCAUCUUUACGAGCCGAUUUUCUAAUGUAGCUUCAGAUUCAAAGGUUCAAUAUGGUGGAGAACCUCACUAUCUUCACCCACUCAGUGAGAAAGAAAGUUUCGAAUUGCUGCAGAAGAAGGUGUUUGGAGAAGAAGAAGAAUGUCCUCAAGCAUUGCAUGAAUUGGGAAUGGAGAUUGCCAAAAAGUGCAGGGGAUUGCCACUUGCACUCGUUGUUGUAGCUGGAGUCCUGGCAACUAUAGAGCAUGAUAUUUGUGUUUGGGAAGAAUUUGCUGAAAGUUUUACUUUGACCAUGGUGUCUGGUGCAGACCAGUGCAAGAAGUCCUUGGAGCUCAGUUUUGAGCAUUUACCAUACCACUUGAAGGAAUGCUUGCUGUAUUUUGCUGCAUUUCGAGAAGAUGAAAAAAUUGGUGCCAAGAAGUUGAUGUGUCUAUGGAUUGCAGAAGGAUUUGUGGAAAUAAUUGAAGGAGAGAAAUCAGAGGAUGUUGCAGAAAAAUAUCUGAUGGACCUAAUUGGCCGAAACCUAGUUAUGGUAGGUAAGAACAGAUCCAUUGGUGGAGUGAAAACUUGUUACAUUCACGAUUUGAUAUUUGAGUUCUGUAAGGGCAAGGCGAAAGAAAAGAAAUUCCUGCAGGUCCUGCGAGGAUAUGAUGAGCUUUCUACCUUUAAUGAGCCUCCCAACCUACCUCGGUUGUCCAUUUGCUCCAGUGGCAAAGAUUUUAUGAAGUCAAAGCUAUUUUGUCCAUGUUUAAGUACUCUGCUAUUCUUUGAUGCUACUCCAGGAUAUAAUAAGUUGAAGUUGCUUAAUAUCUCCUUCCUUUUUUGCAUCUACAAACAUCUUAAAGUUUUGAAUUUAGAGGGCAUUAACCUAAUGUUGAAGGAGCUUCCAGCUGAAGUUGAAUCACUUCUUUGUUUGAGGUACUUAGCCCUUAGAGCUUCGGAAAUGGAAUUCAUUCCACCAUCUAUAGCCAAGCUCUCACAUUUGGAAACCUUUAGUCUAAAUUCUGAUGAGACGGUUUCAUUGCCAGAUAGCAUCUGGAACAUGAAGAAGUUGAGGCAUGUACAUGUAGAGAAUGGCGUCGUUAUUCCUUUCUCUUCCAAUGACAACGUUGUUGAAAACCUCUCUAAUUUAGACACACUGUCUACUCUGGAGCUUUAUCUUGAUAAAGAGGGAGAGAACCUGUUGAGAAGGAUUCCCAACGUUCGCCAACUUAAAAUUUUCAAUUGUGGGAAACAAAAUAGAGUAUGCUGCAACAUGAGUCGACUAGAAUGCCUAGAGUCACUCGGCUUAGGGGACUACGGCUUCUUAGGUUCACGGGAACAUGUUGAGCUUUCUUUUCCCAUGAAUUUGAAGAAGUUGAGUCUCGGCAAUCUGGGUCUUCCCUGUAGUAAAAUGUCAUUGAUUGAACGACUACCCAAUCUUGAAGUCCUCAAAUUAAGAGACCGGGCAAUGGAGGGCCAAAGAUGGGAGCUGAUGGAAGGAGGAUUCCCUCAACUCAAGGUCUUGACUUUGGAAUACGAAAGCAUUGAGAAGUGGAUAGAGGCAGACCCUGACAGUUAUGAUUACUUCCCGUGUCUUCAGCGAUUAAAACUCUUCGGAAUUUUUAAUUUGAAAAUGAUGCCUGCUUGUUUAGGGAGUACACCAACUCUUGAAACAAUUCAGGUGGCGCAUUGUGGAUAUGGCGUCAAAUCUUUAGUAUGGGAAAUUGAAGAAGCACAGGAAGAUAAUUAUGGAGAUGUGAAUCUGAAGAUCAUCAUCAUAGAUUGAAGGGCAUCAGCUGGUGCAAUAUCUGGGAGUGCAUGCUACGGUGGUUUUUCCUCUUCAGAUUGUAAUUGGUCAUCUGUGCGGGGUCUGGCUUUCUUUGAUACUUUUGUGGAAGAUGGAGGUAAAAGUUGGAAAGGAUCAAUGGCUCUUUUCUUGUCAAAAUAUGGUGGAAACAAUCAAUGAGAUUAUUCAGAUAUUUUGUUGUUGGCCUAUUUUGUGUAAUUUCGUUUUGCUGAAUUUAAUGAUGGUUUUGUGCUAUUUCUUUUCAAACAUGUGUCAAUUUGCCGUCAAGGAACUUUGUUAUCAUUUUGAUAGAAUUGAUUAACAAUUUAUGUUUGAGCUCAUGAUUCUUGGAAGAAUAUGAUAGCCCAAUUUGGAAACCUCUAUGAUCAUCUCUUU